UGCCGCGAAGAUGACAAGGACAGUUUGUGCUAUCAUGAUCGCGAGGACCCUCCUCCUCACCUUGCUCCUUUAUCAGACAGGAGCAACACUUGGUUCGGGGCUGGACUCGCCGUGUUCAGGAGACGAUCAAUGCUCGACACAGUACUCCAGAUGUCAUCACGGUCGAUGCUCCUGUCUACCCUACUACGCCCAGUAUAACGGCACGCAGUGCUUGCAGUCCACUUUGCUGGGGUUCGAGUGUCGGGUAGCUGAGCAGUGUUCCCAGAAGGUAGCCAACAGCACAUGUCUGGCCGGGGUUUGUCGCUGUGAGCCGGGCUUUCUACAGUUCCGUAGACACACUUGUCUCUCUCCGGCCAAGCUCGGUGACGUGUGCUACUCCGACACUCACUGUCGACUCUGUGAGACAGGCUCCCACUGUGACUUCCUCAUCCCCAAGCUGUAG